AUGAAAAAAUAGAAAGUUUUCAUCAAAGGUGUUAAAAAGUUUGAUUUAUUUGCUUAACCCAUCUAAAUGUUGGUUAAUGAAAAAGAAUAUCAUCAAACAAUUUUUGGUUCAAUACUCACACUAGGAUUGUUGCUACUGUUCUCAAAUUUAUUAUACACUAAAUUAAUAUCGUUAUUUGAUCGCAAUAACCCUACCUCUUUAAGUUCUGAAAUUUAUCACUCCUAACCAGAGAAAUAUGAAUUAUUUCCUUAGAAUUUUACCAUGACUUUUGCCUUUUAAAAUUCAACUUAUCAUACAUACAUUGAUGAUUCAAUAUAUAUAGUUAAAGCACAUUUGGUACAUAAAUAUGAGCAAAUGGUUGAUGGUAACAAAAAUGAAGUUUGGAAUAAACAAGAAUUGCCAAUAAUUAAAUGUAGCUCUGAUAUGAUUAAAUAAAAAGAUUUAAGUGAAUAUUUUUCACAUUUAGAUUUACCAACUAAUUAUUGUAUUGAUUGGAAUAAUAUUGACAAAAUAAACCUUGAAGGAACAUUUGAUGCCCCUGCCUACUAAUAUAUUUUAAUUUAAUUUUUUAUUUGUACAGAAUCAACUAAAAAUGGAUAACAGUGUAAAGAAUAAGAAGAAAUAAAAAAAGCAUUGGAAUAAAACUAUUUUUCAUUCUAGAUUUCAUCUUAUACCACUAAUUUAAAGAAUCCUAACUCUCCUUAUAAUCCUAAAGGUCAAGACUUAUUUACUACAAUAUCUAGUAAUAUUUAUAAAGAAAUCUCAAUAUAUCUUGAACCCUUAACUACUGUAACAGAUAUUGGUCUUAUAGAGACUGAAUUAGAAUAUUAUAAAACUUUAAGAUAUGGAAGGCAUACAGAAAUGUUAGAUCUAAAUUCAAAUGAUUUAAUUAUGAAUGUAGUCAUUAGAUUAGAUACAACUGAAUAUAUUGAUUAUAGAACAUAUUCAAAAAUUUAAGAAAUCCUAGCAGAAUUAGGAGGAUUAUGGUAAGUUUUAUUCAGUUUAUUUUAUAUCAUUUCUAAACCAAUAAAUAAAAUUAGUAUAUAUCUUGAAUUAAUCAAUUCUUUAUUCGAAUUGAAUGAUUCUCCAAAUAAAGAUUAAAACUAAUGUUAAAAGCAUUCGUCAUUAUUUAGAUAAGAAUAACCGGCAUCUCCAUUAUCAUUUUAGAUUCCUUAAAUUCAAAUAAAUUAGUAAUAAAAUUAAUUUUAAAGUAAAAUUAAUUAGGAAAAACUUGAUGAAAAUUAAAAAGCAUUAAAUAAGCCUUAAAAAACUAUUCUUGCAACCUAUACUUCAUAUUUACAAAAAAUUAUUAUUAGAAAAAAGAAAAAACUUGAAUUUGGUUACUUUGAAGCUUUUCAAACAUUAAAAUGCAUAAUAUCAUAUGUAUAUCUUAUUUGGUAAUAUUAGGAUAACUAAAAAAUUAAAUAAUUCAAAUAAGCCUAAAAAUAAAUUAUGGGUUAAUUAAAUAUAGUUGAAAUUUUAAAGAAACUUAGAGAUAUUGAUAAGUUAAAACAUAUCAUCUUUAACGAAAAUCAAAGAAUAUUAUUUGAUAGCUUUCCAAAUAUUUAGGAUUAGUAGAUUGAAGACUAACUUGAGGGAUUUGACUAAUAACAUAAACUUACAGCUUAAGAUGCAAUACUAUAAAUUAUUGGUGAUUAAAAUAAUGAAAUGAAUUAGAAACUUCUUGCUUCUUUAGAUUAGACAGUUAGUAAUUUAUUAAAAAAUUGUUAACAUGAACAUUCUGAGAAAUGA